AUGGGCAGACAACGUCCGGGAUCCGACAGUUUCACGAUGCACAGACUCCUGCUCUCAGCAGGGCUUCUCCUGGCCUCUCUUGGCCACGCAGUUGCACUAGCAGUUGACCUAAAAAACGUUGACACGUACGAGGUGGUCCGACCUGUCCGGCUACACACACAGCACAGGGCACGCAGACAGGUGCCAGAGCCGGAGAGACUGUCGUACGCUUUCAGACUGGAGGGGAAUGACAUUGAGAUUCAUUUGGAAAAGAACAAAGGACUGAUAAGCCCAGACUUCAGUCUGAUCCACUACACCAGCAAUGGCACAAAAGUGACCUCCUCUCCUCGGGAUGUGAACCACUGUUACUACCAUGGGCAGGUUGGAGAGGACAGUCAGUCUACAGCCAGCAUAAAUCUCUGUGCUGGAUUAAGAGGUUACUUUAGGACAAGAGGCCAAGGUUACGUGAUAGAACCGAUGGCGGAGAGUGACACGGGAGACCACGUUGUGUAUGCGUAUGAAACCCUCGCAGCAGAAGACUUAGAGUGCGGAGUCGCUACUGCAGGGGAGCAUGCACUACCUCCCUUCAUCGGCAGGGGGCCCUCUCAAGCCAUGCUUGUUCUGCCUCCACAAAACCAGUCUCUGUGGAAUAUGCAGAAAUACAUCGAGCUCUUUCUGGUUGUGGACAAGAGUCUGUUCCUGAGCAUGCAGAGCGAUCUCAGGGAGGUCACGAAAAGGAUAUUCGAGAUCGUUAACUUUGUGGACAUGGUGUACACACCCCUCCAGACAUCUGUGGCUCUGGUCGGCCUGGAGGUGUGGACAGACACUGACAAGAUUAACGUUGAGUCCUCCAUGGGAACGACUCUUCAAAGGUUCACCCAGUGGAGAAACGAGGUGCUGAUGAAAGCCAGGAGUCACGACGUCGCUCACCUCCUCUCAGCGGUGGAUUUCGGGCAGAUAGCCGGACUGGCGUACCUGGGGAGACUCUGUACUUCAGAAUCCACGGCUGUCGUCCGGUAUUACAGUCACAGCUCUUUAGCGGUUGGGGCGGUGUUGGCUCACGAGCUGGGACACAACCUGGGCAUGAACCACGAUGUUCCAGCAUCCUGUUCCUGCUCAGAGACGUCCUGCAUCAUGGCCCCUGUCCUCAGCUUCAUUCCACCCAGGCACUUCAGUAACUGCAGUAAGGCGAACUAUGAGCAGUUCCUGCGGUCCUCCCCUGCUCCGACCUGCCUGCAGAACCAGCCGGCCGCAGGGCUACUGCUGACACCUCCUGUGUGCGGCAACAGUCUCCUAGAGGAGGGGGAGCAGUGCGACUGUGGGUCCGUGGAGGAGUGCACAGACCCCUGCUGUGAUGCCGCCAGCUGUCUGUUCUCGGAGGGAGCUCAGUGUUCUGAUGGGGAAUGCUGCAAGAAGUGCAAAUUCCUGCCGUUGUGGAGGGAGUGCAGACAGAGUCGCGGGGAGUGCGAUCUCCCUGAGUACUGCACAGGGACGUCCGCCCAGUGCCCUGAGGACACAUUCGUGCAGGACGGACUCCCGUGCAAAAACCACACGGGCUACUGUUACGCUGGCCAGUGUCCACGCCGGGUGGACCAGUGCGUCUCGCUGUGGGGGAACGACACAGAAGAUGCUGCAGAUGUCUGUUAUGAUCUGAAUCUUCACGGCACUAAUUAUUCCUACUGCAAACACCCAACCUCUGAAGACUACGUAGGAUGCUCACAAAAGGACGUGAUGUGUGGGAGCCUGUUCUGCUCCGGUGGGAAGGAGGAACCAAACCACGGCAUUAAAAUGGAAGUCGACAACUGCAAGGCCACGAUUUCCACUGACCCCAGAUCAGAUUAUGGUCAAGUCCUCAAUGGAACAAAAUGCGGAGAAGGCCUGGUGUGCAAUAGUGGAGAGUGUGUGUCCGUGGAGAUGGCGUACAGAGCACAGAACUGCUCAGAAAAGUGCCGAGGAAACGCGGUUUGCAAUAACAGGGGAGAAUGUCAGUGCAGGGAGGGAUGGCUUCCCCCUGACUGCACACUGAUGGUGAACAGCAUCAAUUUAAACCAGGGUGCGUUCAUUACUGUUGGAGUUCUUGUCAGUUUGGCUGUCUGUCUUGUUCUGCUGGCCGCUGCCAAGUCUGUUCAUUACUUCAGAAAGACACGCCGCAGGUACCUAACACAACCUCUGUCCAACACACACCCUUAG